UCACAACCACCUGCUCUCUCCUCCUCGUCUCCCGGGGUUCUAUAAGAAGGCCCUGGAUGAGGAGGUACUCGCCGACUUGAGACGAGACUCGGACAAGAUGCUCGCCCUCAUCGCCUCCGUGUUCCUCCUGGUGCAGGCGACCGCUCAGGGCUGCGGGGUGCCCAGUUACCCCCCCAUCGAGAGCCGCGUGGUCAAUGGGGUGGAGGCGACGCCCAACAGCUGGCCCUGGCAGAUCUCCCUGCAGUACCUGUCUGGCGGGUCCUGGUACCACACGUGCGGCGGGACCCUGAUCGACCCCCAGUGGGUGCUCACGGCGGCCCACUGCAUCUCCUCGCGCACGUACCGCGUGGCGCUGGGCAAGCACCUGCUGAGCGUGGCCGAGGGCGGCGAGGUGCAGGUGGAGGUGGCGGCCAUCCUCGUGCACAGCGGCUGGAACGGGAACAACGUGCAGGGCGGGAAUGACAUCGCGCUGAUCCGUCUGGCACAGCCCGUGGCCCUGAGUGACAAGAUCCAGGCGGCCUGCCUGCCCCCCGCGGGCCUGGUGCUGCCCCACGACUACCCCUGCUACAUCACGGGCUGGGGACGUCUCGUCACCGGGGGGGACCUGCCGGACGCGCUACAGCAGGCGAACCUGCCCGUGGUGGACUACGAGACCUGCAGCAAGCCCUCGUGGUGGUGGUUCAACAUCCGCGAAACGAUGAUCUGCGCCGGCGGGGAUGGCUACGACUCUGGCUGCAACGGCGACUCUGGGGGCCCCCUGAACUGCGUGAGUGAAGACGGCUCGUGGGCCGUUCACGGCAUCGUGAGCUUUGGCUCGGGCCUGGGCUGCAACUCCAUCUACAAGCCCACCGUGUUCACCCGCGUGUCCGCCUUCGUCGACUGGAUCGCCGACGUGUUGGACACGUACACGGUGCGUGCCGACGACGACUCGCAGGUGAUCAUGUUCCACUGAGGCACCGCGGGGGGGUCAGGAGGUUAUCGCGGCCAAUGUUCACGACGACGACGAUUCCGAAGCACCUCGCUCAUCCUUUCCUCCGUCCCUCCUGCCUGCUGCCGUCGAUCCGACACCAGGAGGUGUCCGGGGGAGUCGGCUGCCGUCAAGGAGCUGAGAAAUUCUAGCCGGGGGUGCUCGUGAGCAAACGUCGUGACAACGUCGCGUCAGUAGCGGAUCGAUUAAAAGUUGAGCCAAGAAAG